AUUCUGCAUUGCGAGCAAAGGGCAGAGUUUUUCUCUUGACCAGUCUCUUCCUCCCUUUGUAAUUUUUAAUUUUCAUGGUUUUCUUUUUCAACUUCUUUUCGGAGCGUCGUUUCUCAAACAGGUUUUGUGCAACAACUUGAGGAACUUGGUGGAAAUUUAAUUGGUGUCCUCAGUUUGGUGCUGAAAUUUUGUUAAAUAUGAGUGUGGUGGGGUUUGAUAUUGGAAAUGAGAAUUGUGUAAUUGCGGUGGUGAAGCAACGGGGUGUUGAUGUUUUGUUAAAUGAUGAAUCAAAACGUGAAACACCAGCUGUGGUUUGUUUUGGUGAGAAGCAGCGGUUUUUGGGGUCCGCUGGUGCUGCUUCUGCAAUGAUGAACCCAAAAUCAACAGUGUCUCAGGUGAAGAGACUGAUUGGUAGAAAAUUUUCAGAGCCUGAUGUUCAACGUGACCUUCGAAUGUUACCCUUUCAAACUUCUGAAGCCCCAGAUGGUGGCAUUUUGAUUCAUUUGAAAUACUUGGGUGAGACUCAUACAUUUACGCCGGUUCAGGUUACAGCAAUGCUUUUUGCACAUUUGAAAGAUUUAAUAGAGAAGAAUCAGGAAAUCCCCAUUUCAGAUUGUGUGAUUGGUAUUCCAUCAUACUUUACAGACUUACAGAGACGUGCAUACUUGGAUGCUGCAACAGUUGCUGGGUUGAAGCCUUUGAGAUUGAUGCAUGACUGUACUGCAACUGCUCUUAGUUAUGGGAUUUACAAAACGGAUUUCCCCAGUUCCGGUCCAACUUAUGUGGCAUUUGUUGACAUUGGUCAUUGUGAUACACAGGUCACUAUUGCAUCAUUUGAGGCUGGGCAAAUGAAAAUACUGUCUCAUACUUUUGAAAGAAGCUUGGGAGGUAGAGACUUUGAUGAGGUCUUGUUUGGUCAUUUUGCUGCAGAGUUCAAGGAGCAAUACAGAAUUGAUGUGUACUCUAAUGUCAAGGCAAGUAUCAGGCUACGGGCAGCUUGUGAGAAGCUCAAGAAAGUUUUGAGUGCGAAUGCGGAGGCACCACUUAAUAUUGAGUGUUUAAUGGAUGAGAAAGAUGUUAAGGGUUUUAUUAAAAGGGAAGACUUUGAGACGUUGUCUUCAGGUCUGUUGGAGAGGAUUGGUGUUCCUUGUAGCAAAGCUUUAGCUGAUGCAGGUUUGACUGCUGAGAAGAUUCAUUCUGUGGAGCUUGUUGGGUCGGGGUCUAGGAUCCCAGCUGUUGGUAGAGUUUUAACUUCUGUAUUCAGGAAAGAACCUCGCCGGACACUGAAUGCGAGUGAGUGUGUAGCACGUGGAUGCGCUCUUCAAUGUGCAAUGCUAAGUCCAGUUUUUCGAGUCAGAGAAUAUGAGGUUCAAGAUUCAAUUCCUUUCUCUAUAGGAUUCUUAUUGGAUGAAGCUCCAAUUUGCACAGGGUCAAAUGGCAUCCUGUUUCCAAAAGGCCAACCCAUUCCAAGUGUUAAAGUAUUGACAUUUCGACGAAGCAGUUCAUUUCAUCUGGAAGCAUUCUAUGCUAAUCCCAGUGAGGUGCCUGCUGGUGUAUCUUCUAAAAUUAGUUGUUUUAAGAUUGGCCCUUUCCAAUGCUCCCAUAGUGAAAAGGCAAGGGUUAAAGUUAAAAUUCAAUUAGACCUCAACGGUGUUGUCUUUGUUGAAUCAGCUAUGGUGAUUGAAGAACAUGGAGAUGACUCUUCUACAAGGGGUGUUGCUGAUUCAAUGGACCCAAUGGACAUUGAUUGUGUAACUGCUUCUGGUUCUUCUGAGGCAGUUGCAGAUGGAUUUCAAGAAAGUAGUAGUAUGCAGUCCAAGUCUUCACAUGCUAGUGGUGAUGGGAAAAGAGACAAUAAAUCCACCAGGAGGCUAGAGAUACCCGUUACUGAAAAUAUAUAUGGUGGAAUGACCAAGGCUGAACUUUCAGAAGCUCAAGAAAAAGAACUCCAGUUAGGUCAGCAGGACAGAAUUAUGGAACAAACGAAAGACAAAAAGAAUGCCUUGGAAUCUUAUGUAUAUGAUAUGCGUAAUAAGCUCUUCAACACAUAUCGAAGCUUUGCAAGUGAUGAAGAGAGGGAGGGAAUCUCCAGGAGCCUACAGCAGACUGAGGAUUGGCUUUAUGAUGAUGGAGAAGAUGAAACUGAAAAUGCAUAUACUUCAAAGCUGGAAGAUCUUAAGAAGAUGGUGGAUCCAAUUGAGAACCGAUAUAAAGACGAGGAAGCAAGAUUGCAAGCUACAAGAGAUCUAUUAAAGUGCAUUGGGGAUUACCGGAUGGCUGUGAAUUCACUUCCACCCAUGGAUAGGGAAUUGAUUGUCAAUGAGUGCUAUAAGGUGGAGCAGUGGCUUAGAGAGAAAAACCAACUACAAGACUCAUUGCCAAAGAAUGUUGACCCAGUCUUAUGGUCAAGUGAUAUUAAGAGCAGGGCUGAGGAAUUGAACUUGAGAUGCAAACACAUAUUUAGAUCCAGGACUUCUAAUCGAGAGGACUCCAAGGGUUCUAACCAGCAGGACACUUCUGAUCACAAAUGAGUGGAAUUAUGCAGGGUGCGUACAAAAAAGAUUUUAAGGCUUAGGUGUCUUGUUUGUUCUGACAUCUGUAUAUCUUUUGCGGUCGCCUUUUUUUCUCGUUGAAUAGAUGGGUAGCAGGUAUCAAGCACAUAUUACUCAAAAUUGGCCCCGUUUUUUUCUUCUUCCACCGAAGACCUAUGACAUGAUAUUGUCUUUGAGCAAACUGUUCGACAUCUCAUGAAGCGUGUGAAGGAGUCAUUUGAACAUUUUAUUGCUAACAUAAUCCAUGGUUUUUGCAA